AGCUAGCAAAUCUCUGCGCUAAUCACGCAAACAACCUCUCCCUCAAGAUGAAGAAAUCAUCAAUCUCUGCUAAAGGGCCUAAGGAGCAAUCUUCCUCGAAGAAAACUCCGGUGGCAGCAACGACCUCCACCAAGACCAUGAAAGUGGUCAAUAAGGUGGGCAACGGUCCAGGCGUAUCGAAAGGGGAUAGUGGCGCCCCGCCGAAAACCACUAACGACACCUCCGCCAAGAAAGCAAGUGGUGAAGCUGAUGAUGGCAUUCUGCGGAAACAGGCCUCUGGAGGAGGUUCUGUCAUCCUUCAAAAAGGAUCUGCAACCUCGAAGUGCACAGGAGUGAACGAAGUAUCCUGUGCUGCAGCCAUGAAGACCCUGAAAGCCGUCGAUGAUGCCUCUGUCCUCUCUAAAGGACAGAGUGCCCCCGUCAAGGCGAAGAAGAUGCGUGCCAAACGAGCAGUCAAGACCGAACCUGAAGACCAGGUCGGUCCAUCUCCAAUGCAGAUUGACUGUUCGGAUGAAUCUUCUCUCCUUGAUGGGGGCAAGAUCCGUGAAUCUAAUAAUCAGAGCAGCAGUGGUGCGAGUACCGGCACCAGUGACCCACCUGACUUCCCUCGUGUCCCUGCGACAAACCUGGUUGAUCCUCCUGGCUAUGUUCGGUCUGCUGCAGAGCGACACCCAGUUCCUCCACUCCUACCUGGUGACCCAGGAGCAAGAGCAUCAGAUGGAACCGAUACGGAUCCUAAGCCUGGUGAUGACCCAAUGGAGGUUGACCACGAUCACGCCUUGUCAGGAGACCUGCAGGAAGUGCUACCUGAUCUUCUCGACACUGCAACAGGUACCGCUUGUCCGAUGGAAGUUGACUUCGAAGACGAAGUGAUAUUGGGUCAGCCUGGAGCAGACCAGUGUGCGAAAACUGGUGACAACCUGCUAGACUGCUCGUCCUUCGUCCAGAUCAAAGACGAUGAUAGCGAUCAGGAGGACCCACCGGCGAAAGGUCCUGAUAAACCUGAAACGGGCCCUCCUCUUGGCGAUAAGCUCCUUGUUGAGGCCUCUACUUCGCAGCUUUCGACCCAAGCCUCUCAACGCUCUCAACGUGAAAGGUCUUUGCAGAACUGGUCCAGCAGCGUCAACACUACUGUAGACUCUGACCACCCGGAGUUGACAGUAGCCUCCAACGCAUCGCUUGAGGCAGCACUACAGAUGGAGAAACACGUGAUGCUACUAGGUGCGCAACCCUGUAGCUCGCGUGUGUCCCCUCUAGGUGCAUUCUGCGGAGAAGACGGUACAUUCAGGUUAUAGUAAUCUCUCGUUAGCUAACCUAACGAAGACAUAACCCUGAGUGUAAGGUUCAUGCGUACUAUCGAGUGUGAUCCUAAACAUCUAAUAUGAGAUUAACGUUUAGAACCAUCUAGUUUGAAGAAAACAGGAUAUUUAAGCAUCCUCACUCUCCUGAAACUGCUGGCUCACACCUGGAUAUCUAAAAUACAGGCCCGCCCUUGAAACCAUCGACAAGCGCGGCACAAGAAGAAAAUCGUGAUGCACUGCAAGUAGCUGAUGAUCCACAACGAGAUGGUCGAUCAGACUCCCUACUCCUCUCGGGUCGGCUCUGGGCGACAACAGAAGAUCGCCAACGAGAUGAACAGCCUCAGCAGGUGCGGCAACGGCGACCCGAAGCUGAUGAAGGGAGUGCCCCUCAUCCAGCAAAGGUUAGACGGUUGCAGAACCCGGGUAUAUCUACUUCCACUACCUGCAAGGAAAGUGAUGUAGAGAUGAUAAUCGUAGAAGAUGACCCAGAUGAGCUGCCAGCUAGAAAAUCUCGAGAAUCUAGUGAUACGCUUGCUGCUGUGCCAACUAGUAGACCGAAGGAUACUACUACAUCUACAUCACAGAUAAGCAACGAGAGAAAGAUAGCACCUAUGUCUAGUAGACUAAACAUGCACAGUAAUAGCCUAGUAGUAAGUACAAAGCAUACGCAUAAACCGAAUCCGAAGCAGAAUACAACUGUGAAGUCGUCACCUAGUAGGCUCCCGACUAUAAACGAGGAGUCUCCUCUCGCUGUCACAGUAGAGGGUGGUGAUCCACAAGGCAGUACCUCUAAGAAAGAGGAUGCUGAGUGUACUAGAGGGAGGUCACUUGCAGUCGGUGAAAGUGCUCGUGACAGGGAAGAUAGUAGUAAAAAACUAGGUGCAUCACUCCGUUCGGUUACAAAAUCGAAGAAGAGUAUGCCCAGUGAGAGGAGCCAGUCUAACAAGACCCUCCAUCCACUGGCAGAGAAUGGUCUUGAGGCUUUGCAUCCGCCCCUCACUUCCUUUGUAAUCUCUGACCAUGCAUCAGCUGAGCGUAGGCUGCACAAGGACCAUGAACGUUUUCGCUUCUUGGCAGCUGACCACCCUCAUCUCCUCUCUAUGCACUGUGGCAAACAUACGUUUGCGCAGUGGCUAGACCUCAUCAUGCAGAUUGACCAUGCGCUCUCUGCUGAUGUUGUCUCUGAGUCAGCUGCUGACCUCUUCCCCACUAGGAGCGCAGUUGGGAAACCAACUGACUUGCUCAAGAAAGCCAUUAAGGAACCGAGAGAGCUAGCUCUGAUGGUCCUCUAUGGUGAUCUUAUGGGGCAGAAUACAGUUCGCACCCGAAUGCCCGAAGAAGGUGAUGCAACAAGGUCGCCAAAAUUCUUCGAGACUACCAAGCAGGUCAUUCGUGCCUAUCACCAUCUCGAAGAAGAAAUGUGUGGUUUCCUCGACUACUUUGUAACGGGAAAAUUCCUCUUCCCGAUUUUCUAUCAAGUUCUGGUAGAUUAUAAGUGUGCGCAUGGUGUGAAGAAUGCGGCUGUCUGCCUGUUCCACAGCCUCCCACACGAACUCAAAGUAAUAGCAUUGAGGAUGCGCUACGCCCUCUGCCACUUGGUACACGCAUGGAGAAUCCUGCCAGAGGCAAUCCAUGACGUGUUGUCGGGCAAGUUUGGCUCUUUGAGCGAAAACUUGAAAGAGAACCAAAAAGGUAUCCACCACCUUUUUCUCUCGGCAGUGUAUUCCAUCCUUAGGAUCACUGCCUCGUACUUCGAUGACAGUGGCAAGGCAGCCUCUGCCAAAAGGUCGGUCAUGCUCCCUGAGUUUGAUAAGAUCUGGCCGAGGCUGAUGGUCGAGCAGCAGAACUGGGGUGCUCUGGCAUCAGUUACUCAGCAGAGAACGUGGACGGCUAUCAAGGAAGGACUCAAGAAAGAGCCUGCAGCCAUGCUACAGUUUGCCAAACAGUUCAAGUACGAUCGCAUGCCGUCCUUCAAGUCGGAACACUUCUGCACAGAAACAUGGGCACCUUUCUACAUCCUUGAAGAUGAUGAGGAACUUGAGAGUGAGCUCUCCUCCUCCUCGGACAGUGAAGACGAAUCGAAACAAGUUCAGGAUAAACUUGCCCAAGGCAUCAUAAAGAACGACUCGAUCAUCUCCGCUGAUUCAGCUCAUAGCACUAUGUCGGUAGAGCGCCUGCCGGUGACUGCUGCUCGACCGCUCAGAAAGCAAGUUGAAAAAGCAGCACAUGCGAGAGCAUCAGCGAGUGCGCACGCUCCGACUAGGCCCACCUUGACCUUUGCAGGAAAAGGUAGGCAUAUGCAGGAAAAACCCAUCUCAGAAGCUGCGGCUUCCUCUAUUGAGCAGGGUUUCCGGUCACAGUGCAGCUAUGGCCCAACGUACAAGUCCAGAAAACAGGCAGCCGCUGCAGCAUCAGGGCCAUACGUGCCUAGAUCAUCUCAUCCUCAACAUGUGCAGCAAGAGGAUAGUGAUAGUGAAGAUGUAAAGCGCUCGAGAGCUGCGAACCGUGGAGCAGCCAUGCAUGGUCUGCCGCAUUUCUAUCCCCCACAGAUGGGAAUGGGAAUGGGCAUGGGCAUGCCGUGGAAUCCAUACUUCCAGACAAGUGGCGCAUAUGCCAACAUGCAAGAAGAAGAUGCAGAUGAGCUCUACUUCAAAACUGCGAAUGGGCGAGCGAUGCAGUAUGGCCCAAUGGCGAUGAAGUGUCCGACAACGGGCUUCCCGUUUGUCGAAGACCCUCUACCGUCUCACUUUGAUGAGUCCGCUAUAAACCCGGACGAAGAAGCACAAAUACCACUUGCGUCUCUACAUCUGAGUGCUACUAUCCCUCCAGUCUUUGGGAUGAUGACCAAGAUGGUCAAUCCUGUUGUGUGGAGGAAAGUGAAGCGGUAUGCUCUUGUCGCUAUUGGAAAGGAUGCACAUGUGCCGGUCCCUGUCUCAGAAACCAGACAGAUUGCAGCACUUGAGCUCCUGCACAACAAGCAUGCCAUUGCACUUGUCAAGUCAAAAGAAUCCUCCGAAGGAUCUCUUAAACUGACUACAUACGUCGACGCCAUCACACUGCUAGCCAUUAACAUGGUAACAGCCUCGUACGACCUGAAGGUUGACGAAGUGAUGAAAGACUUGUCGUGCAUACCAUGGGGAGGCAUCGACUUUAAAAAUGCCCUGAGGGAAAUCCUCGUAAUUCUUGGCGCUGCGUCCCCCUUUGCUGAUCAUGGCAUAAGUCCAAGAUUCUUUGGAUUAGAGUCUCACUCGCUCUCACGAGCGAUCAAACUCUGUGACAACAUCCUCGCGGCUGUAGUCACAAUGUCCAGCAAUGUGCGUGACUAUAACAGCGAAAGCCACAAGAAACUAGUUGAGCUUGUUAAGAAGCCACUAGACCUUGUGCUCCUCCUCUGCUUUGUUGCAGGUGUUGGCAGCAAGAAAUGGCAAACCUUGAAUGAUCUCAAAGAGGAGCUUAGUGCCGUCCCUGACCUGGUCGAACAUCUGUCCUCUCUGGAUCGGUGCUCCCUUGUCUCGCACUUUGCGGCAUACCUCAAAGAGACCCCCAUGAAAGCAGCAACACUUGACAAAUUCCAAGUCAGGGAUGCCUGUCUUCAAUUGCGACAGACAGUAGCUCGAGCCCCGAAGAAGGUGCUGGGUAAUGGCGCCACCACAUCAGAGGAUCCUGCAUACCCGGUCAAGAAGACAAAGAUGAAAAUGAAGGCGAAAAAGCGUAAUCAUGUAGAUGAGCGUGAGCCUGCACCCGCGAAGGGUUCCGGCAAGAAAGCAGGCGGCGCAGCUGCAUCUGGCAGACAAACGGAAAAGCACAUCGAAUUUCAGUCGAAGUGCGAUGCGAUGCUGUGUCAGAAAACUGAUCUCACAGAAGUGCCUGAAGGGAUCUGCUCAGUCCAUCUGUGUCACCUUCUAAAAGUCCUCGUUGAGGUACUUCUAGCAGUGGCCUUCGUGUCUUCUUGUUCACUUUCGGUUAAUAUUAACCUGAUACCACCUUGCUCAUUGUGUGGAAGUCUGUCAAUCUCGGCAAUUGUCCUUCUUUCAGUUCAAUUAAGAACUAUCAUGCUAAUACAGCCUGUCUCCUCAAUGCCCCCAACUCUCACCCAACACCUCCAUACCAGGACUCAAAGGGUCGCCAAGUUCGACCAACGUGCCCGUUUAAGUGUAACACACAUAGGAAAACGGGGCAAGUUGCGAAGACUACGAAAGUCCUCUAAAGAGGAAAUCUGGUAG